AUGACGUCUAUUUCAAUGAACGGAAAUUCAUCAGACUUAGAAUGUAUGUUCUUCCCCCCUCUAGAAAUGGAAAAAAAUACAAAAAUAUGUCUUCUGAGUUUAGAAACCAACAAUUCUAUCCCGAAUAUAAAUGAUGGUAAAAAUAGAAUAGGUUUUAGUAGAGAGGAUGGUAGUAUUCAAGAGAUUAUUAUUCCGACGGGCUCUUAUGAGUUGAGUCAAAUAGAAAAUUUUCUAGUAAAUGCAACGUCGGAACUUGGUAUCACAUUUGAACUUAAAACCAAUCUAAUCACUUUAAAAUGUGAAAUGCAAUGUGAUAGGCAUAUUGAUUUAUCUAAGCUGGAUAGCAUCGCAGGCUUAUUGGGAUUCGGAAAAAAAAUUUAUAUGGCCGAUUAUAAACACGUUUCGGAAUAUGUAGUUAACAUAAUGAACGUUAAUUCUAUAAAAGUUCAUUGUAAUCUGGUUUCCGGUUCAUUCGAUAACGGUUUACCAAGUCACACUUUACACGAAUUUUUUAUGAAUGUCCCCCCGGGAUUUCAUCUAUCUGAAGUUAUUGCAAACCCCGUUUAUUAUCCUUUAAACACCACAUUUAUAAAUCAAUUGCGGGUAACAUUGAAAGAUCAAGACGGAAAAUUAAUUGAUUUAAGAGGAGAGCCGUUAUCGGUACGUUUACAUUUAAAACGCGAUAAUUAAUGGGUUUAAAAUUUGCUAAUAAUCGAGGGCAAAAAAAAAUAAGCGGUGUUGUUAAAAAAAAUAUUACCAAUAACAAAAUAAUAAAUAAGAAACUCCACACUCUAUACAAAGUAAAAAAUACUUUGGGUCAGCGAAACGGUUCAUUUAUAGGAGGAGAAUUAAAACGCGAAAAUAAAAAAAGAACAAAAUUGAGUAAGAAUAAUUUAUUUUUUUUUAAAUCGUUACGUGUAUUAUAAAAAUGGAUAGCUCUUUUUUAAAUGUAUUGGAAAAAUAUAUUGAUGAAACACCUAUCGAAGAUUUGCAAUUUCGUUCGUAUUUACCAUUUUCCACUACGGCACUCUCAAAUGGUGAUCAUAUUCGAAUAGCCGUGCAAAAUACCGAUUCAUAUACUUUAUUAUGCGAAAGUUUUAUAUACAUUGAGGGUGAAGU